AUGGCUUGCUUAACCUUAAAAGCUACAUCCUAUUUCACCUCUUCAAGUGAGACUUCCAUCCCUUCUCUACCCUUCAAGACUCUCAAGCUACCUGCCUUUUGGCCAUGGCAAAAGCUCAAGGUGGGCCCCCUCAGUGUGUCCCCUAUGGGGUUUGGAACUUGGGCUUGGGGCAACCAGCUCCUCUGGGGUUACCAGGAGUCAAUGGACAGUGAGCUUCAACAGGUGUUCAAUCUUGCAGUAGACAAUGGCAUCAACCUUUUUGAUACAGCAGAUUCUUAUGGAACUGGAAGGUUGAAUGGCAAGAGUGAAAAGCUACUAGGAAAGUUCAUAAGAGAAUUCCAAGGGCAAAGGCGGAAGGACAUUGUGAUUGCUACCAAGUUUGCAGCAUACCCUUGGCGCCUAACACCAGGCCAAUUUGUCAAUGCUUGCAAUGCCUCGCUAGAUCGGAUGCAGAUUGAACAAAUCGGAAUAGGGCAGUUACAUUGGUCAACUGCUAACUAUGCUCCUUUGCAAGAACGAGCUCUUUGGGAUGGUUUAGUUGCAAUGUAUGACAAGGGUUUAGUUCAAGCAGUUGGGGUCAGCAACUAUGGACCAAAGCAGCUACUAAAGAUUUAUGAAUAUCUCAAAGCCAGAGGAGUCCCCUUAUGCUCAGCACAGGUGCAAUUUUCUUUGUUAAGCGUGGGAGAAGAUCAGCUGGAGAUCAAGAAUAUAUGUGAUUCUUUGGGUAUCCGUAUGAUUGCUUAUAGUCCUUUAGGACUUGGAAUGCUUACUGGGAAAUAUUCACCCUCCAAUCUUCCAAGCGGCCCUCGGGGUUUCCUGUUCAAGCAAAUUCUUCCAGGACUGCAGCCUUUGUUGGGAUCACUUAAAGAAAUUGCGCAGAAACGGAAGAAAACUGUACCACAGGUUGCGAUAAAUUGGUGCAUUUCAAAGGGAACUAUACCCAUACCAGGAGUCAAGACAGUGAAACAAGUAGAAGAAAAUUUGGGUGCACUAGGUUGGCGCCUCAGUUCACAAGAGCUGCAUCAGUUGGAAAAUGCAGCACGCGAAUCACCCCAAAAGAUGAUCCAAAACGUUUUCCAAACAAAGUGA